AUGAAGUGGACGAGCGUGUUUGCAUCAGUCACCCCACCGCUGCUGCUGCUCCUGAUGAUGGUGGCGGCGGCUGGCCGCCAAGUGGACGGAUCCCCGGUGGUGGCGCCGGCGGAUGCGCUGGCGGGGACCGACUACGACUUCCGCAGGGGCGCCGCCAUGGCCGACGAAAGGUCCGUGACGAGCAGCGAAGGGACGACGAGCAGCAGCAAUAAGUCCGAGGACGGCGAGCACUCCAUAGUGAAGAGAACCCACAUUUUCCCCGGGAUCGGUGGCGCCGGUCUGGGCCUCCUCGGUGGCCUGGGUGGCCUGGGUGGCCUAGGUGGCCUAGGUGGCCUCGGCCCCUUUGGCGGCGUCGGCGGCGGCGGCGCCGGUGGACUAGACCUCAUCACUCUGCUGGCCCUGCUGGGCCAGGACGGACUGACCCCGGCCACGCCCCGACCUCCUGCCAAUCCUGUCACGAAUCAGCUCCUGCGCCGAAUCAUCGCUCUGCUGAAUGGAAUCGUCACCCGCCUGGACACCAUCAUCACCCGUCUGCCGGCGACGGGACGCCGCUAAAGAGGAAGUGCGAGCUUCCUUCCGGCCACCAGCAGCCAUCAGACACGUCCGCUUGAUUCCACAGCAGAAAGGAUUGCCAUCGCAUUGCAAAAACAAAAAUGCUUGAAGGGAGACCAUUUCCUGCCAAGUGAGCCGCCAUCUUCCAUUACGAGACGGGACGCCAUUUGCUUCCUUCCUCUCUUUGUAUAGCCAACCACGCCUCUUUAACACCUUAUUCCAUCCAUUUUCCGCUUUUCGUUCACUUCAUUAUGCCUCUUCACGUCAUUAUUUUCUCUAAAUCAUGUUUCCGGCAGAAUUAUCGAAUUUUGUUUUAAAUUAAAUGACUUUAUUUAUCUUUGUGUCGGUUUCUUUUCGAGGAGUCAGGGCAUUUGAAAUGAAUCCAGCUAAAUUUCUUUCCACUCAA